GAGUUUCCGUUCAUUGUGACGUAUAUACAGUGUGUUUUUGUCAGGUGACAGGUGUGGUGUGGGCGGGGCUUGCUGCCGCUCAUGCUGUCUGUUCUCCGCUGAUAAGGCUCGUGCCCUCUGACAGGGAGCAGCGCGUGCAGACAUGACUUGUGACAGACGUGAAGAAGACGGAGGAGAACUGAAGAAGUCUCACCGUGCUGGAGGUCUGCUGUGACUCCGGUGAACCGGGACGAAACCGGGACUCAACCGGGACUAAAUCCGGUCUGUCGAGGUCCUGUGCGGGUCUUCUGCUGUUUCUGUCGGUUCAGCUUCAUUAGUGACCCGCUGCUGACAGUUUGAAUCAAAUGUGAGCUGUGACAUCACCUCUGACAUCACGACCUGCUGAGGAAGGAGGAGGAUGCUGCCGUGGAUCACAGACGAUCAAACCAAAAGACCUGAAGAAGAGGAGGGGGAGGAGGAGGAAGAGGAGGAGCAGUCUGUCCCUCCUCUUCCUCUUCCUCCUGUUACCAUACCAACCUCAGAAAGCGCCCUAUCAGCAGCUGCGUCCAAUCAGGACGUGAGCUCGGACUCGGGGGAGGAGACAACGGCUACGUUCUCAGACUCCAACAGGGAGACGUUACCGUGGCAACGGGAGACACAAGAGGUGGAGGAGGAGCGCGAUGAAGAGGAGACGCAGGCGGUGGCCUCGUCGCCCGACGGACGAUUCCUCAAGUUCAACAUCGAGAUCGGACGAGGAUCGUUCAAGACGGUUUACAGAGGACUGGACACGGAGACCACGGUGGAGGUGGCCUGGUGUGAGCUGCAGACUCAUCGUCUGAACAAGACGGAGCGUCAGAGGUUCAACGAGGAAGUGGAGAUGCUAAAAGCUCUGCAGCAUCCAAACAUCGUCAGAUUCUUCGACUCCUGGAAGGCGAUGCUGAGGGGCCACAAAUGCACCAUCCUGGUGACGGAGCUGAUGACGUCGGGGACUCUCAAGACGUACCUGCGCAGAUUUCGUCAGAUGAAGCUGAAGCUGCUGCAGCGUUGGAGCUUCCAGAUCCUGAAGGGGCUGCAGUUCCUGCACUCACGCUGCCCCCCUAUCCUGCACAGAGACCUCAAGUGUGACAACGUCUUCAUCACCGGACCCUCCGCCUCCGUCAAGAUCGGAGACCUCGGCCUCGCCACGCUGAAGAAGGCUUCAUUCGCCAAGAGCGUCAUCGGGACCCCAGAGUUCAUGGCUCCGGAGAUGUAUGAGGAGAAGUACGACGAGGCUGUGGAUGUUUAUGCCUUCGGCAUGUGCAUGUUGGAAAUGGCAACGUCAGAGUACCCGUACUCUGAGUGUCAGAACGCCGCCCAGAUUUACCGCAAAGUCACCAAUGGAAUCAAACCCAACAGUUUUUCUAAAGUAAAAGUUCCAGAGCUGAAGGAGAUCAUUGAAGGCUGCAUUCGAACCAACAGUAGCGAGAGGUUCACGGUUCAGGACCUGCUGGAUCACCGUUUCUUCCAGGAGCAGCUCGGGGUCCAUGUUGAUCUGGCCGAGGACGACAACAGCUCGAAGGCGGCACUGAAGCUCUGGCUCAGGAUGGACCACAACAAGAAGCUUCAUGGGAAAUACAAAGACAACAACGCCAUCGAGUUCCUGUUCGAGCUGUACAAAGACGUCCCUGAGGAGGUGGCCCAGGAGAUGGUGGUGCUGGGUUUCGUGUGUGAGGCAGACUAUAAGCUGGUUGCCAAGGCGAUCAGACACCGUGUGACGACCAUAAAGCGUCAGCGAGAGAAACAGCGCCGCCUGCUGGAGGAAGCAGUGAGCUGUCAGAAGGAAGCAGUCAUCGAGGAGGAGUCUGACCCCGCCCCACAACCACCUGAACGGACCAAUCAGAAGCCUGCAGCCGCCACAAGCCCAUCUGCUGCUGGAAAGCUGGAUUCAGAACCUGCCCCUGCCUGGAUACAAGCCCCGCCCUCGGUCAUGGUGACAUCAUCGAGUAGCAGCCCGGUGGAUUCUGGGAUCAGCAGCGUCUCCAGCAGGGCGGAGGGAGACGACGGCAAGGCCACUGGCAAACACACCCCAUACUCCUUCGCUACAUCAGACUGUGAGAUUGGCAGCUCCUUCAGUUCCUCCGGUGUCCCAGAUAAUGUUGAAACCACGCCCCCUCCAGUCACAAACCCUGCCCCCGUCUCGUCUGUCCAUGCCCCUGCUCUCGUGGCUCAGGAAACCCCUCACCCAGAGACUGGUCCUCGCCCUCUGACCCGGACACCAUCCAAAGCUCCGCCCCUCCCCGUGCUCCGUUUCCCCAAGAGCAUUGCCGUGUCCAGCAACACAGAGCGACCUCCAUCUGGAUCAGUGUGUGGCUUCUCCUCACCUGUUGACAGCUACGCCUCUGAUGUGACCUCAGGUUUGAGUGACGGCAAUGAUGGCCAAUCAGACAAAGGCAACCAGGAAAUGACCAAACGGGAAGCUAUGAAGCAGUUCAGGAGGAGAGCACGGGCUCGUCUGAAAAUCACAGGGGUGUCAGACUUGGUGGACCGGGUGGUGGAGUGUCAGCUGCAGACUCACAACAGUAAGAUGGUGACAUUUAAGUUUGACCUGGACGGAGACAAUCCAGAGGACAUCGCCUCUGUGAUGAUCCACAGAGACUUCAUCCUGCCAUCUGAGCGCGACGGAUUCAUCCUCCGCAUGUAUGACAUCAUUGAAAGGGCGGAGUCAAUGAUGCAUCAACAGCGGCCAGCCACGCUGUCCGAGUCCACGUCUAACCUGCCAGCCCAGGGUCUCUCCAGAACUCUGUCCUCGUCUUCACUUCCUGACAUUGCAGAAGCUGAGCCCUCCCCCGUGAAGAGCAUCGACUUCUACAUCGACUCUGAGGCCACACCGUCCGUCAGACCACUGAGGUCACAGUCUUUCCACACCUCAUCAGCUUCCCCCCAUCAGCCUCCCUCUUACCCCCUCCAUUACCCCCACCCAGACCCCACCCCUCCGCCCCUCUCACCUCUCCUCUCAGUAUCACCUCCAGACUUCCCCCUACUCCCCUUACACCACCCCCUUCCCCACCCAGAGCUCCUUCACUGGCAUCCCCCGUGUCCACACGUGGCCCACUCCUUCAUGCCACCACCUGGGACCCCCAACCAGGGCUUUCACCCCCAGCCCCACUCUCCCCAAUUCCCCUCCUCCGAGGCUCCCCUCUCUCCCCCCAUGUCUCCUUCCCUGGGUCUUAAGCGGCAUCCUCCAAGCCACGCCUCCUUCUCUGCUCCCUUCUCCUCCCAGCUGUUCUAUAGCGCCCCCACCCCUCUAACAGGCCCCGCCCCUGACAGCCAGGAGGUGGCUCCGCCCAGCCAGACGCCAGAAACACCUCAGCCGCACAGUCCUGUUCAGCUGAAGGUUGGCCCAGCUCCGCCCCCUCAUGGUUCAGAGACUGUCUCAGCUCCCACCCUGACCGGUGCUUCCGGUACUCCCACCCUGACCGGUCCUCCCACCCUGACCGGUACUCUCGGUACUCCCACCCUGACCGGUCCUACCGGUCCUCCCACCCUGACCGGUCCUCCCACCCUGACCGGUCCUCCCACCCUGACCGGUACUCUCGGUACUCCCAGUCCCAUGGGAGAGCUGUCUGACUCCUGUGCCUCGUCACCGCCUGUCUCGACUCCUCACACUACAGUGUCCGCUCCUGUCUCACCUGGACUGUCACCCAUACAGGAGGUGAAAAAAUCUUCAGGUAUCACUGUCGGUCGUUUCCAGGUGAUGCCCUUAAAAGACAUUCCCGCUGUCUGUCAUCAGGAACCACGCCCACUGAAUCAGGCCUCGCCCACUGCCCACUCCCCGCCUCCCUUCAAACGGGACCAAUCAGAGAGCAGCACGGAGGAGCAGAGCGAAUCAGAGAGUGGUAUCAGCACAGUGACAGUCCCACCACCUGGACCGCUUCAUGGUUACCGUGACAACGCUGGAGGACGGGAUGAAGAGGAGAGGAGGAGGAGGGAGGAAGACAAGGAGGAGGAGGAAGAGAAGGAGGAGAACAAGAGGAGGGGCGGUCCGAGGCUGAGCAUCAGUCUGUGGGAGGGGUCGGCUGGCAGUCCUGGGAUGAGUGGCAGCAGCCUCAGCCAAUUGUGGAGCCGCACGGCUCCCUACAUCAGCUCUGACGAAUCAGAGAGCGAGAACGAGGAUAUGUGGGUGGAGCUGGAGGAGCUCCGCGAAAGACACCUGGUGGAGGUGCAGAACCUGCAGGCCAAUCAGAAGCAAGAGAUCGAGGAGCUGUACCUGAGGAUGGGUAAAGUCCCGCCCCCUGGUAUCGUCUCUCCAGCCACCAUGCUGAAUCACCGCCAACGGCGCCUCUCCAAGACAGGAAACUACCCUCCGUCUCGCAAAAACAGUCUGCAGAGACUGGAUGUGCCGCCCCCUGCAGGUAUCAUGAGGAAGAGCUCGCACAGUGGCAGCAGCAGUGGAUCUCAGGAGAGAGCAGGGAAAGGCGUGACCUUUGCCCCCAAAUACAGCUGCAUGUGAGCGGAGCUAACAGAAGAUAUGAAGAAGAUUGCUGGAGAGAUGAAGAGAAGUCGUCAGUGAACACACUGUCACUUUAUUAUCAAAGUCUGACUGCUCAAGAUGAUUAUUAUAAUUAUAUUAUUAAUUAUUAUCCCCUUUGUAAGAUUGAGUUUAAUUCCAGACUUUAGAUUUGUUCUUUGUGCUUGUUGUUUUUCCAGCCCCGAUGUAAAGACCACAUACGUGGUGCAUUCAGGGCCACAUGUGGUCUUUACGGAGGAACCUCAUAUAAGAACAGGUCCUUGAACGCACCGUUUCCGUCUGUUCCUUCACUUUAACUCGCUGCUCAUUCACUCAGUUAUUUGAUGCAUGUCAGUCACACGUUCCGUAACAUUUAUUUAUUGUAACGUCAUUGUAAGCAGCUACGAGAACAUUUGAAUUAAUGUUAGUGUUCGUUAGAAAUUCUCCCAUGAAGACAUUUUAUUUUUUCACAGCUGAGUUUUACUAUUUGUCUGUCACACAUUCACAUUACAACUACAUGCUAAUGUUAAGUUCAUCUUACUGACUGAAUGAUGCUGAACAGUGUGUCCCAUAUCUGAGUGUAUGUUGGAGUCACAGUGUGCCUUAUUGAAAGAUCAUGACAAUAAUUAUUGUAAUAUUUAGACUGAGUGUGUGUGAGAGAGAAAUAUAUAUUAAAGCUGAUGUUUGGAAAUCGU